UGUGUUUUGGAUCAGAUGCAUUGCAUUUUCGUGGGAACCUUUCGUUAAAAAAUAUUACUGAAUAGAGAAUAAUUUUUUGGACAGUUGACUUUAUUUUAAUGAUAGCAUAAAGUGCUUCAUGAGGGUGGUUGCCGCUUUAACCCGAAGAAGUCGACAAAACAAAACUAUCAAAACAAAAUGAACUUGACCAACAAGGAGCAUGGCGGCUGGCUAACAAGGGAUGCUAUCAUCGCAAAGUAAUUGUGAUGAAUGUGUUUGACUUCACCCUCAUCUGUGCAUUUAUUCAACUGGGUUAUCAAAACCCACUGAGUUCUUGGACUCUCAAGCCAAACGUUCUGGUUGUGAAGGUAAAUGGUAUGUUGGGCCAACAAGCCCUCAAGUGCUUGCACUCAGCAGAGGAAGUAAUGAGAGGCGAUGACAAGGAUAUAUUGUGGAAGAAGAACGGCGCAGAGGAAGCACAGAGGGGUAAUUCAUACCUGGUGCAGCUGGAAGAGAGUUUAGGAGGAGGCAACUACAGCUGCUACAGCAAGGACGGGUCUCUCCUCAAUCACACUCUCGUCCUGAUUCAAGAGGGCAACACAAAUAAAAGAAAGAUUCUGGUGAAAAGUGACCUAGGGGAUUAUUUAAAGUGCUCAACCAAAAAUUUCGAGGGGGCGUUCAACUGUUCUUGGACCUGGGACAGGUCUCGUGUUGGAAAAGUGGAACUUAUCGGAGUUGAACGAGAAAGGAACUGCUCAGUGGACACCAGUGGUCAUCACUCGACAUGCAAUUUCAGUUGCUCAGAGGACGGCACUGGACACGGGAUCUCCUGUGUGGACGAGCAGUACUGCGCCUAUGCUGAGGAGAAGAGUCGCAUCCACGUCACGGUAUACGUGAGGACGGAUGAUUUCCUGGUGGAGAGCUACUUCAAACACUUCUUUCUGUCCGAAAUAGUGAAACCUGACAAAGUGAAAAUACGUAGAGUCAACACUUCGAUGAUCGAAUGGACUUACCCAAGCUCCUGGAGCAGCCCCUACUCUUACUUCCCCCUGACGUUCCAAGUUUUAGAGCGCCGACGUGGGUGCAAAACUUGUGACAAACCCUGCAAUGAGUCAGCCAAUGCAAAGACCAUAACGGUGCACUCCUUGAGCACUUGUCAGUUUGAGGUCAAGCACAAGUCUGGGACUGUCUGUGUCCGAGCCAAGGAUGCUCUCUGCAACUCACAAUGGAGUGAAUGGAGCCACCUAAGAAUGAGGAAGAAGAAGAAAAACAUAAACAAACAGCGUACCAGCCAUCAAAGCAGAGAAUGUGUGUAGUACAUAAAAGUACACUGGACCUCCCUAUUAUAUUUCUCACUUCUAUUGUAUUUAUUACAUAUCCUAUAUAUUUAUUGAUGUGUGUCAUCUUGACAAAUGUGUUUCUUGUAAUAAAUUAUUAAUGCACCUUUUA